AUGGGACGUGGAAGAUGGAGCGUUGAAGGUGGAGAGGUCGUUGCUGCGGCCACGCCUCUUUUAGGCUCGAGGAAGGCUGGCGAGAAAUGCUUGGCCAAAGACUUCCGGUUUAAGUCUUUCUUUUUCCCUCUUUUCACCACCUGCAGGCCGCCCAGUUCCUGCAACACUUGGAGUCUCAGCGCAACGGCCGUUGCGUCACGAGUGUGCUCGACGAGUCCGAGACCGGUCCGGAGGCCAGAAAGUCUUUCAUGUGCCUCGCCCUUCGAAUGCGUUACGUCGUUGCGUAGACUGGCCCGAAGAGUCGGCCAUUUCGGGAGCAUCAGAUCCCGUCUCGUCUCCUCUUUCCCGUUUGAAGGAGUCAAUCGGAGCCAAAGUUUGGACGUAGAGCCAAGAAAUCUUUCUCUUCCCACUCCAUGCUCCAUCGUCUUCCACAGGCUUUACGAGCAUGUGCGUGUAAUUCCGAUGCGACCGUCUGUGCCUCCCAUUUUAGCCAAAAACACACUUUAA